AUAUCAUACAGAAGACAUAGAACUCUUGUUUCAAGUCCUAAGAUGCUUCAUCAAUAGGUUCAUACCACAGUUUCAGUUUGUCAAAGACUUUUUGGAUGAGACCGUUGCAAAGACCUACACCACAGAAUGGAAGAGGAAGGCCUUCUUCAAGUUUGUUUCAGUCUUCCAUGAUCAAAGUUGGCCUCAGGAACUGAAAGCAAAAAUCUUGCAGUACGUACUGAUUCCCUGCUUCUAUCACUCAUUUGAGAAAGGAGAAGGGGACAGACUCAUUGGAGGUCCUCCAGCACCUGACCAGGACAGUGAUGACAACGUCAUCAGUGUGUUUAUUAACCGUGUCAUUGACCCAGAGAAUCCUUUUGGAACCUCUGAUGCAGUUAGGAUCCUGUUGCUUCAGUUUUCCUCACUUCUUGUGGAGCAGGCCUCUGCACAUAUUCAUGAUGCUGCAAACAAAAAGCAAGGUAACAAGCUGCGUAGGUUAAUGACUUUUGCCUGGCCAUGCCUGGUUUCAAAAAACUGUGUAGACCCGGCCACCAAGUAUCAUGGUCAUCUGUUGCUGGCACAUAUCAUAGCAAAGUUUGCUAUUCAUAAGAGAAUUGUUUUGCAGGUGUUUCACAGUCUGCUGAAGGCACAUGCCCAUGAGGCCAAGACGGUUGUCCGGCAGUCCUUGGAGUACUUGACCCCUGCAAUGCCCAGUCGCAUGGAGGAUGGAAAUGGAAUGCUGACUCACUGGACAAAGAAAAUUAUUGUUGAGGAAGGUCACAGUGUAGGGCAGCUUGUGCAUAUUUUACAACUUGUUGUUCGACAUUAUAAAGUCUACUAUCCUGUCAGACACAGCCUUCUUCAGCACAUGGUUAGUUCCCUUCAGAGACUCGGCUUUUCCCUGAGUGCAAGCCUGGAGCAUCGCAAAUUGGCAGUGGACCUGGCAGAUAUUAUCAUUAAAUGGGAGCUGAUGAGAAUUAAAGAGGAACAGGAAGGCCCUGGGGAACCACAGUCUCCCUUGCCCGAUCUUAGUGCAGCAUCUACCAGCUCUUCUGGAGGAGCAGCUGCACAGCCUGCAGCUAUCAAACGUUCACUUUCUUCAGUCAGCUCACCCCAAGAACCCAAGAAAACAAAGGCAGCCGGAAGUAUAAGUGGUGGAAAAUCAGAUGUAAAUAAACCCAUUGACAAACAGUAUUGUGAUGCAGUUGCCAAUUUCUUGCUUCGGAUUGCCUGUCAGGUAAAUGAAGCUGCAAGUGGUGCUGUAGGCCACAGCUCAGCUGGAGAGAUGCUGUCCAAGAGGUGUGUGGCUCUCCUCAAACUGGUCCUGCGUCCUGAUGUAUGGCCGAAUGUAGACCUCAAAUUAAGCUUCUUUGACAAACUGUUGAGCACUGCCACCAGUGCCCAGCCAAACAUCAGCAAUAUUGUGGUAGCUCUGGAGCUGUUGGAGUUCCUAAUUGGCAUCAUGAAGAAAGAAAUGAUCUUAUCCAGCUUCAAGCCCUUGCAGCGUGGCAUCUCUGUGUGUAUGAACUGUAACAACACCAAAGUCAUCCGAGCAGUGCACAAGCUGCUGAUGAGCUUAAUGAGCAUCUUCCCAACAGAGUCUGCCAACUGCUCCGUGGCUUCCAAGUAUGAGGAGUUGGAGGCAUUAUAUGCCUGUGUUAGUAAGCUCAUCUAUGAAGGGUUGACCAAUUAUGACAAGAACAAUGGUGCUAGCCCAUCUUUGUUCAGCACAUUGAUGAUCUUGAAGUCAGCGUGUGAAAACAAUCAGUGUUAUAUUGAUCGCCUCAUCACCAUCUUUAUGAAAGUGCUGACAAAAAUGACCCAUGAACACCUCAAGACUCAAGAAUCUUCCCAGGCUAAUCGUGCUGGACAAACAGUUCAGGACACAGACAAAGGAGGUUCCAGUGAGCUGCUGAUUCUGAGUUUAGACUUGGUCAAGAACAGAGUUGGAGUCAUGAGUCAGGAGAUGCGGAAAUCUUUCAUUGGUAACAUCCUGGCAGGUUUGAUUGAGCGGACAGGAGACUCCAAGGUUAUGCGAGCAAUCACAAAGAUGGUUGAAGAUUGGAUUAAAAACAAGACAACAAUUGCCAUAAAUCAGUCACCAUCUACCAGAGAAAAAUGUAUAUUACUGUCCAAACUAAUGAGCAACAUAGAGAGGAGGUUCCCCGCAGACAUUGAACUCAACUCCCAGUUUCUGGAUUUGGUUCUGUUCAUCUACAGAGACAAAGAUCUAGAACAUUCGGACCUGACCACAAAACUAGAGAAUGCUUUUUUGGCUGGACUUAGGUGCAACCAACCUCAUAUCAGACAAAAGUUUUUAGAGACCAUGGAGAAGAGUAUCCCUCGGAAAAUAUUUGAUCGCCUGUUGUACAUCAUGUGUUCACAAAACUGGGAAAAUAUGGCUACCCAUUUCUGGAUCAAGCAGGCUCUAGAGCUACUUCUGGGCGUUGCUCUGAAGACUACUGGUAUCCAGAGCUCAUCACCUGUCAACCUUUUGCCAAGCAUCUGUUCUGUGAUUGUUAUGGCAGAUUCCCAAGAGAGGGCAGAAUAUUCAGCAUUGGUGAAAGUGAAAGAUGAGCCCAUAGAUAUGGAGUCUGUGGACACUAUAAGAGAUGAG